UCUGCAAAAACAAAGGAAAAAGAGAAGAAAAGGAAAGAACAACGGCAAUAUUAUUAGAAGGCAUCCUGGCCAGCCCAUGAACUUAUAGUCCAGCAUUUAUCCGUUUUUUGGUAGGAAAACGUCAACAAAAGAAAAAAAUGACAGCCAAAAUGGAUUUUCUUCUCAAAAAGCAAUAUGUCCCCUGUAACAAUUUAUAAUCAACUAUAAACUCUGUACUCAUAUAUAUAACUUCAGUAAGAUAAUUUCGUUAGUCAUGAUCAAUGAAGAAUUCCACUCUAAUAAGUAAUCUUGUCAUCAAUAUAUAUGUAAGCUGGCCCAUUAGUUUGAUAUUUUCAGCAUUUCUACUUUUAAAAGAGAAUUGUGCCUAGUCUUAUUCCCUUAAUAUAAAACAAGGGAGUAACCCCUCGGGAUUCAUCAACAUUAGAGAAUGGAAAUAGCUAGUUUGUUCUACAUAAUCACACUUAGCUUCCCCAUUUUCCUCUUUGCAUUAGUUUUAAAAUCCAUCAUACAAAUACGGAACAGUCCGAGGAAUUUCCCUCCUAGCCCGCCUGCUUUGCCAAUCAUCGGUCAUCUCCAUCUUCUAAAGGAACCAAUUCAUCGAACCCUUCACGAACUUUCAGAGAAAUAUGGUCCCAUUCUGUAUCUUCAAUUCGGAACUCGAAAAGUACUUAUAGUCUCCUCAGCAUCAGCAGCUGAAGAGUGCUUAACAAAAAAUGAUAUCAUAUUUGCAAACCGCCCCCAGAUGCUUGCUGGCAAACACCUCAAUUACAACAAUACUACUAUGGGAUUUGCUCCCUAUGGUGAUUAUUGGCGUAACCUUAGGCGUCUCACUACCUUGGAGCUCUUCUCCACAAGCCGACUAGACAUGUUUGCCAGCAUUCGGCAAGAGGAAGUUCAAUUAUUGCUGAAGGAUCUAUUCCUGGCUUCGAGGAGAAAAUCAGCUAAGGUGGAAGUUACAUCAAAGCUUAUAGAGCUUGUUUUCAAUAUUAUACUAAGGACGAUUGGUGGAAAACGGUAUUAUGGGAAAGAUGUAGUGGACAAAGAAGCAAAGGUGUUUCGAGACAUCAUCAGAGAGUUUCUGGAGAUCCAUGGAAGCACAAAUUUGAAUGACUUCUUGCCUAUGCUGCAAUUAAUUGAUUUUCAAGGUGUGGAGAGAAGGAUGAAAGGAAUUAUGAAGAAAGUGGACAAAUUCUUACAAUCCCUUCUUGAAGUGCAUAGGAGAAUGAGGGAAGAUUCAAGCGAUCAGUCUUUGGGUGCAUCAGAUGCAAGCAACAAAGGAAGAAAAGCAACUUUAGUUGAUGUCAUAUUAUCCCUGCAACAAGCAGAACCGGAAUUCUAUACCGAUGAAACCAUAAAAGGAGUUUUUCUGGUAAUGCUAAUUGCUGGAACUGAAACUUCAUCCACUACAAUAGAAUGGGCUUUGUCACUUCUUCUUAACCAUCCAGAAGCAAUGAAUAAAGCUUGGACUGAAAUAGGUGCUGAAGUCGGACAAGACAAGUUCCUGGGUGAAAUAGACCUGCCAAAAUUGAAUUAUCUACAAUCUAUAAUUUCUGAGACGUUGAGGUUAUUUCCACCUGGCCCCUUGCUCGUACCACAUGAAUCAUCGGAAGAUUGCGUUGUUUGUGGCAAUAAUGUGCCGCGUGGCACAAUGUUAUUGGUCAAUGCAUGGACCAUCCAGAGGGACCCCAAGCUCUGGGUGGACGCAUCAAGAUUUAUGCCAGAGAGAUUUGAAGGUGGGGAAAGUACUGAAGGGUAUAAACUACUUCCAUUUGGUAUCGGAAGGCGGGCUUGCCCUGGAGCUGUUCUAGGCAGGAAAGUGGUGGGACUGGUGCUUGGUGCCCUGAUUCAGUCCUUUGAGUGGAACAGGAUUGGGCAGGAGAAGAUUGAUAUGAGGGAAGGCACAGGGCUCACCAUGCCUAAAGCUGAGCCCUUGGUGACUUUGUGCAAUCCCCGCCCAAACAUGAUCAACCUCCUCUCCACACUGUGACCUGGAAUAGUUAGCAAAAACAGACAUUAGUUUUAUGAAAUAUGAGCGCACGCAUAUACGCGAGCACAGCAGGGUAGACUUUGUUAAGCUUAAUUCCAAAAGAAGCCCCUUUUUGAAAAUAAAGUACCAGGGUAAAUGCAACCCAAGUGCUCUGCACGUACUAAAAGUCAAGAUGAGUAUGGCUUUCUUAGAGUUUUUCUAUCAUGAAACAGAUCAAAAUUCCAAGUAUAAUUGAUUAAAUUUCUUUUACACUCAUCAGCAAUGCAAACUCAUAUUUCAGGACAAAAAGCCUAAUUUGAAUCCAUAAGUAUCAAGAUAACUUAAAAGCAAGAAACUCAGGAGGAUCUGCAAACGUACAUUCUCGUAGAAUUUUCAAAGAGAUUUAUCAGACAACUGGCAACCGUCCCAGGCUUGAGUUUGAGUUUGUUAUGGACACCCUAGUAACUAAUAGAACAGGAACUCAUGUAAUAAGUUAAGACUUCCCUGUUCAUACAUAGUUCGACGGUAGAUUUUUGUCUUGGAACAAUCACUGUUUGAUAUGAUUAAUGAAAAUGUUGAAUUGUCAAAAGAAACCCACAAAGAAAUGGGCCAAACUCUGCAACCGAAUAAAAGCAUUUGGACGUGGGCAGAUCUAAGUAAAGUUCGUUUCAACCCACCCUCGGCCCACAUUCAAAUCUCCUCAAAUAUUCAAAGCUCGUCUUAAUGUUUUCGUUCUUUUAAUCUCCCUGAAA